AAGUGAAAUUUUAUAGAAGGUCAGUGUAGCGAUAAAUAGACAGUUCCGUGUAAAGCUUUUACCCCAAAUAAUAAAUACAAUGAAAAAUUCUGAAGGUAGUGAAAUCGAAUCUUUGAAAAAUGACAUUCUGAAAGGAAAUUUGACCAUACAAAACAUUCUGCAUAAAAUUCAAAAGACAGAUAUUACAGAAGCUGAUAUUGUGUUGUUGAACUCAGAAUAUCGGUCAGAAUUUAGAAAACUUAAAAAUUGCAUUGAUGAGUUUGAAAAAAUUUCCAAAGAUGAGGAUGAGGAUGGAGAACUAUCUGAAGAUGUCAAUCUCUUCAGAAAUCAAUUGAAAAGUCUGCAAAGUGCAUUUCGGAAAGCUAAUGUACAGUGCCAACUAACUGUCAGUUUAAAAAACAAAGCUGAACUCUUUUACAGUAAUCCUGAAGAUAUGGAAGUAAGAUCCAGACAAACUAAAUCAAAAGAGGAACUUAUCAAAAUGUCAACCAAUGUGACUGCCAAUUUGAGAAGUAUAAGUCAAUCCAUGGCUAGUGUUCUGGAGCAAAAUAGAGGAACUCUAGAAGUACUUGCUCAAUCAUCACAUGCUGUGAGUGACAAUCAGGAUGAGUUUAAAGUUAUGGGAAGCGCUUUAACAACCACAAAAAAAUUGGUUUCCCGGUUUGGACGUAGAGAGACGACCGAUUUGAUUUUAAUUAUUCUAGCUUUGGCUGCAUUUUUUGCAGCUUGUGUAUAUGUGAUUCAAAAGCGCAUGUUCUAGAGAUAAAUUUCUACAUCAA